AACAAGUCAUCGGACCUGUCAAUCAAGCGGUCGGCGCCCUUUGAAGUCGGGACUCCUCGCCUUGUCUUGGACUCAAAUGAGCUGUUUGCUGUUGUAGUGAAACAUUAUUCUCCUACCAAGCAACCAGCCGGGGGAAACGCCACAUCUCAACUUUUUCUCUCUAGGUGCUGGGGCUUUCUCUACUUUUUUCUUCUUGGAGGCCACCAAACUGAGGAUAUCUACCUGAAAAAGUCACUUUAUUCUUUUCUUUAUUUAUACUUUUAUUUUUAUUUUUGUUUGUUUGUUUUUUUAACAACUUUAUAAGAGAGGUGGAAAAAACAAGUCUAGGGGAGGGAAGUAGUCAUGCCUCAGCUCAGCAGCGGCGGAGGGGACGACCUGGGAGCGAAUGAUGAGAUGAUAGCGUUCAAAGACGAAGGAGAACAGGAGGAGAAAAUCCAGGAGAACGCCUUCACAGAGAGAGACCUGGCCGACCUCAAGUCCUCUCUGGUGAACGAGUCGGAAAUAAAUCAAAGUCCGAACACGGCGGCGGUCAGACGGGGACAGCAGGGCGAGCACAGGGUCUUCCAGGAUAAACACCGAGAGCAUCUCGAAGGAGUGUCAAAACAACAAGAUGGAGGCAUGUACAAGUCGCCGGCGUAUCCAGGGUAUCCGUUCCUGAUGCUGCCAGACCCUUACCUCCCCAACAGCUCAGUUUCACCAUCCUCGAACAAAGUGUCAGUGGUCCAGCAGUCCCAUGGGAUGCACCCCCUGACGUCCCUGCUGCCCUACAGCAAUGACCACUUCAGCCCCAGUCCUCCACACCUGCCCACAGACAUGAGCCAGAAGACAGGUAGGAGCACACCGACCAACACAUAUGCAGGUGUUCACAGGCACCAGUCCCAGGACCUCUCAGGGUAUUACUCCCUUCCUCCAGGUGGCGUUGGCCAAAUCACUCCUUCCAUGAGCUGGCAGAGCCAGCCCGUCUACCCUGCCUUGUCCCCUUGUGGAUUCAGGCAGCCCUACUCCUCCGGUCUUCCCAGCGCAUCCUCCUACUCCAGGUUCCCUCACUCUUUAAUGCUCGGGCCAUCAGGCGUGCAUCCUACAGGGAUCCCCCACCCAGCCAUAGUACCCUCUUCAGGCAAACAGGAGCAUGAUCAGUACGACAGAGGCAUGUACAUGAAACCACAAAUGGAGGUCAAGCGAGAGAAGGAGCCCAAGAAACCGGUCAUCAAGAAGCCUCUGAACGCCUUCAUGCUGUACAUGAAGGAAAUGAGGGCAAAGGUUAUCGCCGAGUGCACGUUGAAGGAGAGUGCCGCUAUCAAUCAGAUUCUGGGACGAAGGUGGCAUGCUCUGACCCGGGAGGAGCAGGCCAAGUACUAUGAGCUGGCCCGAAAAGAGAGACAGCUCCACAUGCAGCUCUACCCGACCUGGUCUGCUAGGGACAACUAUGAGGCGGGCCUUAGCGGGGUCGCAGGGGAAAAGAGUAAAGCUGAUUGGGGCAAGAAGAAGAGGAGAAAAAGGGAGAAGCAGCAGGACUCCAAUACAGACCCGGGCUCUCCUAAGAAAUGCCGAGCUCGCUUCGGCCUCAACCAACAAACGGACUGGUGUGGUCCUUGCAGGAGGAAAAAGAAGUGCAUUCGCUACCUUCAAGGAGGAGGCUGCCCCAGCCCAUCUUCUUCAGAUCUAAGUGCUAUAGACUCUCCCCCCUCCCCUUCUCCCUCACGCCUCCGCCUCUACCAUCAGCAGCCUGCUCCCUCCCCAGGCUGCUCCCCGCCGCCUGUCUCGCCGUCUACUCGCCUCCCCUCACACACGCGCUUGCACACUCGCUUCCCAUCAGAGCAGUCUGCCGGUAAGCAGACGGACUUCCGGCAGCCCCCGCUGGACAAACACCUCCCGAACACGCACCUGGAACUGUCCGGCAGGCAGACGCACUGCUCUACGGCGCUGUCUGCCGCCAAAGUGGCAGGACUUUCCCUUAAAGUGCUAACAGAGACUCACUGAUCACGAGGAUCCGCUGACUUCACCGUCACUGCUCCCCUUUCCUCGGCUUCCUCUAAAGGCAUGACGCUUAUUCUGGUCACCUGCCUUCAUCUAACAGUUAACAGUCUGUCAGGUUACUGUAAAAGUCCUCAUUCCUAUUUUAUAUCACAGAUAAGGCAAAACAGACAGGUCAAAUAAUAAGAUUGAUUGGUGAAAAUGAUGCAUUUGACACGUUUCUGAUUUAAAUCAAGGUUUGACGUGUAUUUAAAGGUGGAUCAAUCAGAGGUACAAUACACUCAGCUGUACAAGAACAUUCAAAUCUGUUGAGCUUUUAUUCAUGUUUCAACCCUCAGUGAUCUUUAUUAGUGUUUUAUUAAAUAACACAACAUACGACAAGAUGAGGAAAUGGAAGGAAAGAUACAUGUUUUCCUAGAUUUAUCUUGUAGAACUCCGUUCUGCUGCCAUUACAGUUCUUUAGGAUGGGUCUCUAACCUCUGUGGGCAUCUAAAAGCUGAUAUUUCAUCCAUUUCUUCUUAGACUGCUGCAGCUCCAUCAGAUCGUAUGGAGAGCAUCUGUGAAAAUCCAUUAAGUCUUGCUGGUGACCAUCAAAUGGCAUGAAUCUAGACUUUGACUAGGCCAUUCUAACACAUGAAAAUGCUUUGAUUUGAACCACCGGAGCGAAGCUCUGACUAUGUUUACGUGUGUUUUCACUCCCUUCACAUAUUUCUGCAAACAUUCCUGGUAGUUUUAGGGUGAUCUGCAGCGGUUGCUUUCUGCUGCACAUAAAUGCUCAGGAUGUAGACUAGAAGGUAACACGUUGGUCUCAUCUGAACACGUCCUUCUGGCUCCACAACUUAAAUUGAAGCACAUUUUUAAUGGGACUUUAUAAAGCAUUCCUUUAACAAGGGCAUUAUCCUUAUCACUUUUUGAUAAGAGGCACGAUUGCCCUGUCAUCACAUCCUCUCACCUACGAUGAAGCUCUGCAGCUCCUCCAGAGCCACCAUGGUCUCUGAUCUGUUUAGGCUGUUUGCCAUUACUGGGCAGGUUUACAGUUGUUCCAUACUCUUCCAUCAUCAAUGAAUUAUACCUCAACUGUCAACCAGAAGUGAUCCACUGGGUUGUUGAGGAUGGUGAGAAAACUUAUAGUUUCUCGUCUUUUGUAUUGUCAUGAACACUCCUAAUAAAGUACUAUAAUAUUUGUAAUGUGCCAAAAGGUGUAAAAAGUUUAAGUAUAAAGACAUCCUCAGGGCCCUGUAAUCUUGACUUGCCUCGAACAUCUAGAGAUUCAGAGUGGUUUUAACUUUCAGGAUAGUUCCCCUUUAGAGUAAAUUCACAUCAUUUUGUUCAUUACUCAAAAAGAUCAACUGAUAAACUAACAAAUGAGAUUUUAAAGAACCACCGCCUAGCCUAACAGUUAGGGGACAACAUGUAUGAAGGUAGCCGAUUUGUUUUCAGGUAAAUUAUUUCCCAUUUUUAUGUCUCAUAGCUGUACCUGAUCUGUAAACGUGAGAAGAGCUGUAGGCAGUCCAGCUCGAUCUCUGAUCUCCUGGGAAAACCAUGUUUUUAAGCUGCAACGUCGCCAUGUGUUGCUGUUUUCAGAGCGGUGAAGCAGACCCCCAUGUCACUUCUUUUAGCACUUUUAGGCUUCCAAUCUCUGGCUUAAAAAACAUUUUUUUUACUACUUUUUUUUGGUCUAAGAAUCUCAAGUCAUUUUAUAGGUCAUUUUUUUUUGUUAAGAUUUGUUUUCUCUUACCUGCAGCUCCAUAACUAAUCUGUGACCAAUGGGUACUAUUAUAUUGCAUUGUCUUGUAAAGUUUUAUAUUAUAAAAAAAAUAACUUUUGUAUGUUUUUAUGGAAUAAAAAGGUAAAUUGCUUUAAAAAAAUAUAGUUUCCAAUUUUUUCUAAAAAGUAAUGUUUUGUCCCUUUUUGUGUACAUUUUUUUUUUGCAGUCCAGUAUUUACUGCAGAAGCCUUCAAACUAUAUUUUGUGUUCUCGUUCUGUGCAUGUUUCACAUGUAAUGUUACAUUUCAAGCAAAAGGGGGGAUUUUUGUAUUUUUUAUUUUAAUGCUUUCUUGCAGCUUCAAACUCAGCUUUUAAACGAUGGAAUAAAUAUAGGCUGAGCCUUUGUACUAUUCUUCUCCAGCAGAUGGAGCCAUAGGCAUAAAAAAAACUGGAAAAAGUCUUUGUACCUUCAUGCUUUGAACCCUCUGAUGUAUUGUUUUUGUUUGAUGUUAUUAAAAGUGU